AUGUUUGAUAUCUCGCCUGGACUCGUUCUUGCCACAGGCUACGCCACAGGAAUCAUGAUGCUGUCUGCUCAAUUUAACGUGGAUAACUUCAAAAAUCAUUCCGAGAAGCUGAGAGCAGCGUGCCGUAAAGCGAAGAGUCGUGUGACCGAUGACAAAGAGAUGAGAGAACUGAAAAAAUCAAUGAUCGAUAUGAAGCCGCCGGAAAGCGGACGAAGACAUAAACGUCUACGAUAA